AUGAAUGAAAUAAUUGAAGAUAAUAAUAAUAUAAAAAAUAGUAUUGAAAAUACUAUAGAAAAUAAUGAAAAAAAAGAAAAUAAUCAAAAUAAUGAAAACAAAAGAGAUGAUAAUAAUAUGGAUCAUAUUUUAAAUAAUAAUGAAGAAAAAAGAUUUCAAAUUAAAUUAGAUAAAGGGCCUUUAUUAAAUGAAAAAGGUGAAGUAAUUCAAAGUGGAUACUCUACCAACUUUAUGAAAGAAUAUAAUAGACAUGACAUUAAAGCUAGUUCAUGGAGAAUAAAAGAAUGGGAUUAUUAUUUUAUAACAAAUGGUAAAAUUGGAUUAGCAUUAACAUUUGGUGAUAUUGGGUAUAUAGGAAAUGCAAGUGUAACAUUUUUUAAUUUUAAUCAAGAUUCUCCAUCAUACAAAACUAAAGGAGAUUUGGCAGUAUUUCCAUUUGGUAAAUUUAACUUUCCCAAGACACCACUUGAAGGUUCGAUUGAAUUCAACUCUAAAAAGAUUUCAUUAAGAUUCGAUAAUAAUGGUACUGUUAGAACUCUGGUUUGCAAGUGUCCCAAUUUUGAUGGAAACAACAAUGAAAUCAUUUGUAACAUUACACUAACCGAAUUCCCUAGAGACUCAAUGGUUAUUGUAACUCCUUUUAAAUAUCACGAGCAUGCAUUUUAUUAUAAUUGUAAAAUCAAUACAAUGGUUGCUGCUGGUGAAAUUAAAAUUGGUCAAGAAACACAUCUAUUUGAUCCAAACGACUCUUUAGCAGUUUUAGAUUGGGGUCGUGGUGUCUGGCCCUAUUCAGAAGUUUGGUAUUGGGGAUCAUUAUCAUGUUAUUUAGAUGAUGGAAGGAAAUUUGGAUUUAAUAUAGGUUAUGGAUUUGGUAAUACAAAAAAUGCAUCUGAAAACAUGGUAUUUUUAGAUGGUAUAGCACACAAAUUAGAUGAGGUGGAGUUUAUAAUACCAAAGUUUAAAAAUGGUAAAGAAGAUUAUAUGACCCCUUGGAAGUUUACAUCGAAUGAUAAAAGACUGGAAAUGGAUUUUAAACCAAUAAUAAAUCGUUGUGAUCAUCAAAACUAUUUAAUUAUCCAAAGUAGUGCAAACCAAGUGUUUGGUUUAUUCUCAGGUGUUGCAAUUUUAGAUGAUGGUACCAAAAUUGAAUUCCACAAUAAAUUGGGUUUUGCUGAAAAAGUUGCAAAUAGGUGGUAA